AUGAAGAACGUCUGGAAAAUUCCACUUUUCUUCUUUGUAUGCAGUUUCCUGGGACCCUGGGCAUCUGCGACUGUCAAGCGUCGCCCAAGGUUCCCUGUCAAUUCAAAUUCAAAUGGUGGAAAUGAACUUUGUCCAAAGGUUAGGAUUGGCCAAGAUGAUUUACCAGGGUUUGACUUGAUUUCCCAGUUCCAGGUAGAUAAAGCGGCAUCCAGAAGAGCCAUCCAAAAAGUAGUGGGAUCCACCGCAUUACAAGUGGCUUACAAAUUGGGAAAUAAUGUAGACAUCAGGGUCCCAACCAGGCAUUUAUAUCCCAGUGGACUGCCUGAAGAAUACUCCUUUUUAACUACUUUUCGGAUGACUGGAAGCACACUUGAAAAGAACUGGAGCAUUUGGCAGAUCCAGGAUUCCUCAGGGAAGGAGCAAGUUGGCGUGAAGAUUAAUGGCCAAACAAAAUCUGUUGCAUUUUCAUACAAGGGACUGGAUGGAAGUCUCCAAACCGCAACCUUCUUGAAUUUGCCCUCCUUGUUUGAUUCUCAGUGGCAUAAGAUCAUGAUUGGUGUGGAAAGGAAUAGCGCUACUCUUUUUGUCGACUGCAACAGGAUUGAAUCCUUACCUAUAAAGCCAAGGGGCCAAAUCAAUGUUGAUGGCUUUGCAGUGCUGGGAAAACUUGUGGAUAACCCUCAAGUUUCUGUCCCGUUUGAGCUUCAGUGGAUGCUGAUCCACUGUGACCCUCUACGGCCCAGGAGAGAAACUUGCCAUGAGCUGCCGGCCAGGAUAAUGCCCAGCCAGCCCACCGAACAGAGAGGUCCCCCAGGCCAGCAGGGUCCCCCCGGGCCGCCGGGCCCCCCUGGAGUUCCGGGCAUCGAUGGCAUUGACGGUGACCGAGGCCCAGAGGGUCCCCCGGGGCCCCCGGGUCCUGCAGGAGAGCCGGGCAAGCCAGGAGCCCCGGGCAAGCCAGGCACGCCGGGCGCUGACGGAUUAACAGGACCGGAUGGAUCCCCCGGCUCUGCUGGACCAAGAGGGCAAAAAGGAGAACCUGGUGUGCCGGGAUCUCGUGGAUUUCCAGGCCGUGGCAUUCCAGGACCCCCUGGUCCCCCCGGGUCGGCAGGACUCCCUGGGGAGCUUGGCCGGGCUGGACCGAUUGGUGACCCUGGGAGAAGAGGACCACCUGGCCCCCCUGGGCCUCCAGGACCCAGUGGAACAAUUGGCUUUCAUGAUGGCGAUCCAUUGUGCCCCAAUGCCUGUCCACCAGGUCGCUCAGGCUACCCAGGCAUACCAGGCAUGAGGGGCCAUAAAGGGGCUAAAGGAGAGAUUGGUGAACCCGGAAGACAAGGUCACAAGGGCGAAGAAGGUGAACAAGGAGAACUGGGAGAGGUUGGAGCUCAAGGACCUCCAGGAGCUCAAGGUUGGAGAGGCAUCACUGGUGUAAUUGGUGCCAAAGGGGAGAAAGGUGCUCGGGGCUUAGAUGGAGAACCUGGGCCUCAGGGUCUUCCUGGUGCACCUGGUGAUCUGGGACAGCGAGGACCUCCGGGGGAAGCAGGUCCCAAGGGAGAUAGGGGGGCUCAAGGUUCUAGAGGAAUUCCUGGCCUCCCUGGGUCCAAAGGAGACACGGGCUUGCCGGGCGUGGACGGCCGCGACGGGAUACCUGCAAUGCCUGGGACAAAGGGUGAACCAGGGAAACCCGGGCCUCCUGGGGAUACAGGAUUGCAGGGGUUACCUGGUGUGCCUGGCAUUCCUGGGGCAAAGGGUGUUGCCGGUGAAAAGGGCAACACAGGUGCCCCAGGGAAGCCUGGUCAGUUGGGAAAUUCGGGCAAACCGGGCCACCAGGGGCCACCGGGAGAGGUGGGGCCGCGAGGACCCCGGGGGCUUCCUGGCAGUAGAGGAGAAAUAGGGCCCGUGGGACCCCCAGGGCCACCAGGGAAACUGGGCUCUGUCGGUAGCCCUGGCCUCCCUGGCUUGCCUGGCCCCCCUGGACUUCCUGGAAUAAAGGGUGACAGGGGUGUAGGUGGAGAACCUGGCCCGAAGGGUGAACAGGGCGCCUCUGGUGAAGAAGGUGAAGCAGGAGAAAGGGGUGAACUUGGAGAUAUAGGAUUACCUGGCCCAAAGGGAUCUGCAGGUAACCCUGGCGAGCCAGGCUUGAGGGGGCCUGAAGGAAGUCGAGGGCUUCCCGGCGAGGAAGGGCCCAGAGGACGCCCUGGGCCACGAGGCGUGCAGGGGGAGCAGGGCGCCACCGGCCUGCCUGGCAUCCAGGGCCCUCCGGGCAGAGCACCAACAGAUCAGCACAUUAAGCAGGUUUGCAUGAGAGUCAUGCAAGAGCACCUUGCUGAGAUGGCUGCUAGUCUCAAGCGUCCGGACUCAGGGGCCUCCGGCCUCCCUGGGAAGCCUGGCCCGCCCGGCCCGCCAGGGCUCCCCGGAGACAAUGGUUUCCCAGGCCAGGUGGGACCUCGAGGCCUCCCGGGGCUCAAAGGCCCUCCUGGGGCUCUAGGCCUGCGGGGACCUAAAGGUGACUUGGGAGAAAGGGGGGAACGUGGCCCUCCAGGAAGAGGUCCCAAAGGUUUGCCUGGAGCUCCAGGUCUCCCAGGUGACCCAGGCCCCGCCAGCUACGGGAGGAUUGGCCGGGAUGGCGAGCGAGGGCCCCCAGGGGUGGCAGGAAUUCCUGGUGUACCCGGACCCCCAGGACCUCCCGGCCCUCCUGGUUUCUGCGAGCCGGCCUCCUGCACCCUGCAGGCCGGUCAGCGAGCAUUCAGCAAAGGCCCCGACCAGUGACGGGCAGUCUGCGUGAGCCCUGCGUGCACAGGAGCCUGGAGCGGAGCCGCCACCCGCGUGGGGGCAAAAGACAACAAUGCAUCACCUUCAACGUUACCCGGAGUCCUACUUGACAAUCAGACUCAGAACAAUGGUGCUAUUCAGUAAACCCUCUUUCCUUUCCCUUGGAGGGAGACAACAGAAUCAUCAGUAGAACAAAAACCAAAAACCCCUCCCUUUAGAUAAACUGACAGUCCUGGGCCCAGGAUCUUGACCUUUGGUGCGCUAUACAGAUGUGAUACAUCACAGGCCCCUGCGCCAAUAAACAAAGUCGACUGUUCGGUUUACCUCAGUUGCAGUAGUUAUUUUCAUUUUUUAUUUAGCCGUUCUCAGAUUAUUGUUUCAGCUAUAUAGAGGAUUGCCAGACUAGUUAAGAAGAAACCCCACUACAGCCAAUAGAAUCGGUGCUCAGAAUCCCCAGCAGUGCACCCCCAGGGUGGCAGGAAAGCUCUGUGCCACGUGGAGUGGUGUCCUUACAUCACAUGCCGGGUUUCUCAGUCAUCCUGAAGUUUUGUUGAACUGUACUGUACCCCAAACCCGUUCAUACCUUGAGCUCUGCUCUGUGAAAGCAAAGAAGGAAUUUUAAUAUUCUGCCAUUCAUAAGUUUUAUUGAUAAAAUUAUUUAUUUUAAAGGUUUGAGGUAACAUCUCUGGUUGUACCAAGGAAGAAAUAAAUAUGGUUUCUUAAUCUCU